CCACAUCAUUACAGCUGUGGGUGAUGGGAGGAUUAGUGCAAUACAGGCAGUUACAAACAUCCAACUUACAUAUGACUCAUAGUUACGAACGGUGGUGAGACAACAGGAAGUGAGAAAAAUAUAUCCCUAGGAAGGGAAAAUAACUCCUGAAAGAGUUAGCAAAGGAAAAAGGUGUCUCCACUAAGACUUUAUCACCAAUUCUUGUUUCCACAACAAGCGAAAUUUUUCAAAACCCAAUUCUCACAGGACAGAAAGUGAGGUGAAAUCUUCUGAACAGGGACACAGAUGGCAAAACAAAUGCCACAGGAGUGUUAACUCUUCCCUAUGCUACCCAAAGCUUCCCUGUGCUACCCAAAGCAUAUGUCUUUUUGGCUGGAGUUACAAUUUCGACUUAUACACAAAUUCAAUUUAAGAGCAAACCUACAGAACUUAUCUUGUUCAUAACUUGGGGACUGUCAGUAUACUGAAAGUUGCCAUUUUGGAGAAAUCCAGUAUAAGAGAUUAUUAGCAUGAGACACUUUGCAAGAGUUAAAUCCCAACUUUUCCCUCAAUCCUUUCCAUCUCUGCCUUGAAGUCAAUCUUUUUCAUAAUUUUGUGUAUGUUGUCUUCAGUCCUGUGUUUCUAAUAUUUCAGGAUCUUUAGAAUAAUGCCCAAAACAAGAUGAGUCCAUUUCAUGGGAAUAUCUUCAGUUACGACUAUGUGAGAGUUAAAACGGUUGAUUGGGAUUAGAAUGCAUAUGCUAGUAUGGGCAGCUGGCCGGGAUUAUUUUGGUUGAGUGUGGGCAGAGUCCUUAAUUUACUAUUAGAUUAAGAGCAGGUUUGCUUACCAUAGUUUAUUUUCCUACAUAUGUUUGUGGGAAGGGGAAAGCCUUGUAGCUGUCCUUGAUUCUCAUGGGGAGAAAUAGUUGAGCUACACUGUAUAUACAAACACAGUUUUUAAAGAGAUAGCCAUGUUAGUCUAUUUCAGUAUAAUAAAUAAAGAAAAAAUGGUAUGCCAUGUUUAAGACUAAACAUAUUUCAACAUCAGAUUUUGUGGGCUACAAAUCAGAAUGCUAAAGUCCCAUUAUAUACAAUAUCAUAGGGAAACAAUAUCUCUUGUAUAAAAUGUCAAAAUGAAAGUUUGCUUUUAUUUUUUUAAAAAAUAUUUUGAACUCCUGGAUGAUUGCAUCUAUGGAUACAAAAUCUGUGGAUAUGGAGGAUUGACUGUACAAAUACAGUUAACUAUGCUUUCCGUGGUAUUAGAGGUUGGGAAAAAACCUUCUGCAACUAGGGACAUUGUUCCUGGCUGUUUUUGCUCACAGUCCAAUGUGUCCUCACUUUAUCUCAUUCUACUUGGAUCUUCCUCAUAGUUCAGGAUGGUUCUUGGCUGCAUAGUCUAAAGUUAAUGUCCUGAUUCCUGUUACUUUUCAAUUGGUGAUUGGGAGGGGGAUUCACUUGUACUACAGUGCAAACAUUUUUGAAAGCUAUCAAAUGAAAACUCACAGCCCACUUAGGGCCAGGCCAACACAUCUUGAGGCAGAGUGGCAUAUCAAGUCAAGGGGCAUGAUAGUGCUCUAGGCCAGUCAAAUAAUUUGGUGCCUGAUGCUGACAAUCCCACUAAAAACUUUCCUCAUUUCUGGAAGUAUACAAACAAGAGUAACCAGUUAAGGAAUUGACAGUGUGUUUCCUUUCCCACACCCCCCAUGUGAACGGAUGGUGUGAAGAUGCAGGGACCAUCAGGGAAAACACCUUAAUAUGGGGGAAUCAAAGGAUCAGAUGGGUUUAUAUCAGAAAUGGAGAUGUAUAAAUCUGCAUGUGUGCAAGGAAAAAGAAUGGAGACAAGAGGUUGCACAUAGGCACACACCAACAGUAGUAUCAUAUGAAUGGACUCCUAAAAGCAGAAGCUACUGUGUUGUGAAGAGAUUGAUCCUGUUCUUCUAUUUUUUUCUCCUUGCUCUAUCUUCACAUCUAUUAGUCCAUUUCCUGUGUGCUUGGUCCUUCCAGAUACAUGGAGCUAUUUUCCCAUGAACUGUUCCAAGUUUUCUUGCUAUUGAGAAGCAACCAGAAUGCACUAUGGGGCUCUUCUUUAGUAUGAAGCUGGGGCUAAAGGAAGCAAAAGCAGCGACUGGGGUGAAUGCUCUGAGACUUAUUUAUAACACUGGCACUUAGCCAAACAGAUGUUUAGUUUUAUUUUUAACUUAAUAUUGGGGACUUCCGUUCCUGAUUCUUCCACAUAACCCCAAAUAGGAUUGUUGUGAGGUGGCAGACACAGGGGGGCAUGCUGUGACUCCCUUGUGUACAUCCUUCUUUUAAAGCUGGAAAUAGGGCUGCUUUGUAUUCCCUUGAGGAAACGUGUUGGACUUAUCGGCACACUCUCAUGGGAUCAUACAUGACUCUGUCCAUUCACAAGGCCAGUUGUGAACUUAGGCCUUCCUUUCCUUCCUCUGAAGUUCACAAUCCAUAUUUAGGAGGCUGUAGCUAUGGGGUGGUGUCAAUGGCAAAAUGAGGUCAUUGUCACCUCUAACAAGAAAGUAAUGUGAUUAGUGCAAUACAAGAGUUCUGGGUGUGAAAAAAUGUUAAUGCUUUGCUCACUGCAAUGCUAGAAACUUAGAGAAUGAAGAAAAAUAUCACAAGGUUGUGGAAUACUUACAAAACUGAAUUUCUAAGGAAAUUCAUUGUUUAAUUGUUAUGAAAUAAAUGAAUUCCCGUCCCCCAUGAAACUGAGGACAAUGGCCUCAUCAAUCUGCUUGUAGCUAACCCAGAAUGUGGCAUUGAUAUGUCUAAAAGCAGAAGAAUAAAAAGGUAACCCUGUAUACACAAAUUUAUACUGAACCUUUAGAGACAGCUUGUUUUGUUAUGAGAAAAUAAUUAAUACCAGAAGUGCUGAGUCAUGCAACUGGAGUAAUGCAUACUACAGAAAAGCACCCAUAAUUGUUUCCAAUAGUCAUUUCCUCUAUUGUAACUGUGUUGCUCAUUGCUCAAAUUUGUAAAGGUCAGACACCCUGCCAUGAGCAAUGAACAUCUGGAAAACUGCAUCUGCUUCACAUAGAGAUCACUUCAUAAAGCAUGUGAAUGUAUGUGUCCACAUAGAGCCCCUCCAAAUAUCAUGUGAACGUUCCCACUGAUUUAGUUCAUUGACUUCAGGUAUUUUGGUUUGUUAAGAUGAUGGCUAUCCAUUAUCAUCGUCAAAAUUCAAUGCAUAGGACAUGGAGCUGCCCGGACUGAAUUAUAGUUCAAUAGGAUGAUGGGGAGUAUCUUCCGUCCUACCACCGAUUAGGAGACAGAGGUUGGGCUGUGUGGGACACAUGCCUCUAUCCCUCAGGAGUGGCAAUUGCUUACUUGAAAACAGAGUCACAUGUUGCUUCAUCUGCUUCUGAAGAUGCCCAUCUUCCUUUUCCUCUUCCUCACAGGACUGCUAGAAAUCAACUCUUUGAAGAUCUCUCCAAAUGACCGUGAAGUCAUCCUUAGUCUUUACAGUGAUUUUACUUUGACAUGUUCUGGACAGAAUGAGGUUUUCUGGAUGAAGGACAGCAAACAUAACAUAGUAGACACUGUUCUAGAGAAAAAGGGUGGCACUUUUUUUAACACCCUAACACUUAGGAACGUGACUGGAUUCGAUACGGGCGAGUAUUCCUGUAAUUACAUCCAGCCACCUGGGGGAAAGGCCAUCUAUAUUUUUGUACCAGACCCCUCUUUGCCAUUCCUACCAAAUACACACGAAGAAACAUUUGUUUUUAGUACUGGCCAUGUGGAGGACAUUAUCCCAUGUCGUGUGACAGACCCAAACACUACAGUGACUGUGUAUGAAAAAAAGGUUAAUGACCCUGUCCUUGGCACUUAUUACCCACAACAAGGGUUUAAGGGAUACUUUGAUGAUACAACAUACAUCUGUAGAGCAACUAUAGAUGAGCAAGAGUUUGACUCUGAGCAAUUCUAUAUCUACAGCAUUGAAGUUCCUUCUCUACCUAACUCCGCUAUCAACAUGUCUGUUAGUGCAGUGCAAACUAUUGUGAAGCGUGGUGAAAAUAUAUCUUUGACAUGUACAGUGAGAGGUAUUCAGUUGGUUAAUUACACCUGGAGCUAUCCAGGCCAGAAACUAGGCAAGGUGGUUAAGAUAGACACACAGUUUGCACAAGGGAUCUACCACUAUUCCACACUAACCAUCCACAAUGUUGACCUAGAAGAUGAAGGAUCAUAUGUUUGUGAGGCCAUUGAUACCUAUCAUGGAGGAAAAGAAGCACAAAGCAUCAAUAUCAGAGUGCUUGACCAUGGAUUUGUGACCUUUCACACUGUUAUGAAUGACACUGUGUUUGCUGAACUGCACAAGAGCCAUGUUUUCCAUGUGCAGAUCGAGGCCUAUCCAAGCCCCACUAUUGUUUGGUCUCAGAAUAACCAACCACUGACCUCAGGAAGCAACAACGAAUUUGCCAUCAGCAGCAGGAAUUUGUCAGAAACCAGGUAUCAAACUACUCUAACCCUUGUAAGAGUGAAACAGAGUGAAGGAGGUUUAUACACUGUCCGAGCUUUCCAUGAAGAUGACUCGAAGGACCUCUCUUUUUACUUGCAGAUUAAUGUCCCAGCUAAAGUGACUGACCUGAGAGAAAACAGCAACACCAGCAGUGGGGAGCAAACUGUGACAUGUAUUACAGAAGGAAUGCCUCAGCCAGAGAUUACCUGGUUUACCUGCAAUGAUGUCAAGCGGUGUGGUGGGGAGGCCACCAGAAUCCUGGGGAAUACUUCUGAAGAUAUGAACCUACAAACAAACUCCACCUACCGAGAUGACCUAAGGAUUUACAUUGUGACAAGCAAGCUGCGCCUUCACCGAGUAGAUGAGCCAGUCUUCAUAAGCUGUGACUCUAGAAAUCUCUUAGGCACAGAUUCUCAGAACAUCACCUUGGUACCACACAAUUUUCCCUUUAAAGUCAUCAUCAUCUCAGUUAUCCUGGCCUUGCUGGUCCUUAUGGUUCUUUUUUUGGUGAUCCUCAUCAUUGUGUGGCGAAAGAAACCUCGCUAUGAAAUCCGCUGGAAGGUGAUUGAGUCAGUCAGCUCUGAUGGACAUGAAUACAUCUAUGUGGACCCCAUGCAGCUUCCUUAUGAUUCCAGUUGGGAGGUUCCAAGGGAUAAGCUUGUGCUGGGGCGCACGCUGGGCUCUGGAGCCUUUGGGCGUGUGGUGGAAGCCAUUGCCCACAGCCUCAGCCAUUCUCAGUCCACCAUGAGGGUUGCUGUGAAAAUGCUCAAGUCUACUGCACGAAGCAGUGAGAAACAAGCACUCAUGUCAGAACUUAAAAUCAUGAGUCAUCUUGGGCCUCACCUGAACAUUGUCAACCUGCUUGGUGCCUGCACAAAAGGAGGUCCCAUCUAUCUCAUAACAGAAUACUGCCGAUAUGGAGACCUGGUGGACUACCUGCACAGGAACAAACACACCUUCCUCCAGUGCUGCACCGAGAAAGUAAAGCAGGACACAGAGGUGUAUGGGAAUGCUCCCACUGAGGACAGGGUGCAAAGCCAUACAUCGUUAUCUGUGGAAAGUGACGGGGGCUACAUGGAUAUGAGUAAAGAUGAAUCAUUGGAUUAUGUGCCCAUGUCAGACAUGAAGGGUGAAAUCAAGUAUGUGGACAUUGAUUCCUCCAAUUAUGGUACCACUUAUGAGCUGGGCACCUAUUCACCCACAGUUUCUGAGAAAGUGACACUGAUAAAUGAGUCUCCUAUCCUCAGCUACACUGAUCUUGUUGGCGUUAGCUUCCAAGUGGCCAAAGGGAUGGACUUCCUAGCUUCCAAAAAUUGUGUGCACCGAGACCUGGCUGCAAGAAAUGUUCUCAUCUGUGAAGGAAAGCUGGUGAAGAUCUGUGACUUUGGCCUAGCAAGAGAUAUCAUGAGAGAUUCAAAUUAUAUUUCCAAAGGAAAUACCUUCUUGCCUUUGAAAUGGAUGGCACCUGAAAGCAUCUUCAACAACCUGUACACUACCUUGAGUGAUGUGUGGUCUUUUGGGAUCCUUCUAUGGGAAAUAUUCACUCUGGGUGGGACUCCAUAUCCUGAACUGCCCAUGAAUGAACAAUUCUACAAUGCCAUCAAGCGUGGUUACCGAAUGUCUAAGCCAACUCACGCAUCUAAUGAGAUCUAUGAAAUCAUGCAGAAAUGCUGGGAGGAAAAAUUUGAGAUCAGACCAUCAUUCUCUCAGCUAGUUAUGCUCUUGGGGAAUCUGCUGACAGAAAACUAUAGGAAGAGGUAUCAACAGGUUAAUGAAGAAUUCUUGAAGAGCGAUCACCCUGCAGUUGUGAGAACAAGGCCCAGAAAUGUGGGGCUCAACAAUUCCAGGUCCACUCCCAACUCCAAUGCCAGUUCAAGCUCUGUGCUUUACACUACUGUGGAGCAGAACGGACUAGACAAUGAUUACAUCAUUCCUUUGCCUGACCCUAAACCUGAAGGAGUCAAUGACAACCCUCAAGAGGCCUCCAGCAGUCGGGCAAGUUCUACAUUGAAUGAAGCAAAUACAUCAUCUACUCUGUCCUGUGACAGCCCUCUAUCACAUCAGCAAGAUGAAGAAGAAGAACAAGAAGAACAAGAACUAAAGCCAGACUGCUAGGUUCACUAGAGCUCCCUCUGUGUGUGUGUGUGUGUGUAAGUGUGCCAGUGUCCCUGUGGCAGUUGUGCUAGAGACUGCUAAGGAAAAACUUAAACAUUCUUUCCUUCUUUCCUCUUCAGCCCAAAACAGAACCCAGAAAUUGCAACAUGUAACAGACUUUGCUGUCACUAUAUUUGCAGUCCAAAUUAACAUAGACAAGAUGUGCACCAUGACCUAGCUUUUGUGGCUCCCAUGCUCCUUAAAAGGAAUAGUUUUCAUUCCAUUAUUUAAACUAGAGGUUGUUUCGGGGGCUGGUCCCCCAAGAGGCCUUGAACAGAACACACAAAAUACCAUUUAAUUUUUGUACCCAAAUGAUUCCUAAGGAAUUUUCGGCCCAGGGAAAAGCUUUUCUCCUAGCAGCAGAUGAUCCGAUAUACAAACUCCCUAAAAAGCUGUUUGUGGGCAUUUAGGGACAAAACAUUAUUUUAAUCUGUUUUUUUAACCCUGUGGGCCAAAAUCAUGUACCUGAGUGGCCUCAUGCAGUCUGCAAGGUACACAUUGCCCACUGCAGUCUGAACAGAGAAUUCAUUUUCCAUCCACACACCCCUCUGCCAACCCAAGAUAUUAUUAAGACUCUGUUCGAAAGGUCACUCUUCUUUAAAUAGCCCUCUGACCAUAUUGCAAAGGGGCAUAUUUAUGGAUAAAACUAGUCUCUGCUCUCCAUAAUAAAGCAUGUCCUAUUGUAACAUAUGAAAAAAGGCAUCCAGGGCCUCUGGUGUAAAUACCUUUCCUUUUCUUGUUGUUUUUUUUUCUGUUUCUUGCAAGUUUACUGUUCACACCAGGAGCUAUCCAGGAGGAUCAAAAGCUUUUAAAAGUUUAUCCUAAAAAAGUGGAUGGAUGAUUAUGUGUGUGAGAGUUUAUGUGUAUGUGUGUACAUGUGCUUGAAGCUCACAAUGAAGCACAGAGAAGUGACUUAUCUACAGUUUUUGGCCAAUUUCCCAGGAUUCCCGAUUUAGGGCAGUAUCAUGAUGACGACCAGCAAAAGAGCAAACUCAAACAUUUAACUGGAGUUGUGUUCUUUCUUUCCUGGGUUCUGCAGUGUUUUUGCAGAAUGCCAAGUAAUUUAGGAAUAAGGGUACAGUAUUGCAGGUACCAUGGAUUACAGGUACUCAAGGUUUACAGUUGUCUAAACUGGACCUCAAAUAGUAUCUUCCUUGCCCAAGGCCAUACAGAACACAUGGAGACUUGCAGCUUAUGAUUCAAAUGUGGCAACAGCAGGACAUUCCAUUGCCAAGUUCCUCUGCGUGUGACAUAUUUUCAGUAUAUCAUUCAUCUUACCAGAAUUUGUGGAACUAUCUGAGGCCAAUACUAGAAUGAAAAAUGCCUGAGCAGCUUGGGAAGAAAGGCUUUCUGCUUAGAUGGGAGCAAACCCUUCACCUUGGAUGGACACCACUCAAUUUGUUAUCAGUGGAUGGACAAUCCUGUUUUAAUUCUAGUGGUGGGAAGGGGAGAGUUGGCUGGUACUUUCUGUGAAGAUGCAGAUCAAGUCAUUAUUAUAGAAGAAAUCUUAUGAGAAAUAAGCAUUUGGGAGAAGACAGCAUAUCACAAAGGCACCCACCCAACCAUCUUUAAAAAAAAUCAAGUUAGUAUUUUUAAAUGAUAGUAUCGGUCACUUUCUCUUGUUUUGGUAUGUCUUCCAUCUUUGCUGGUGUUGCUGGGAUGAUCAGCUUUUGCCAUCAGAUGCCACUCAGCCAAACAAGUGGUUAGUAAGUGGUUUGAUGUGUGAUUCCCAGUAUAUUUUGUGUAAGCGGAUCAUGACAGUUUCUGUCAAUGUGCCUGAGGGCCAGCCUAUGUUUUAGGCAGAAUGAGCUAGCAGAUUUCUGUUUCAUUACCAUCCCAAUGUACUAUUGAUUCUAGGUUGGAAUCGGUCCCUGGAGUCAGUGGUAGGUUCCUUCUCAAGACAAAGAGACAGCGGGAUUUUAAAAUAUUAGUGGAAUGUUAACCUAUUUCUUCCCUUGCAUUGUGAUUAAUCUUGGUGGAUCUAGUGACUGCAACAUUAAUUUGAAAGAAAAGUGAAAUAGAGGCCCAGACUUCAUGUAUUGUCUUUGUUGGUCCUCAUUCUGCCUAAUGUGUAGAUCAGCUCUAGGCUUGGUACAGCCUCAAAGUCACCAGCUAGAAAACCAAGACCUGACCUAGUUAUUUUCUGGCAUCGGUGUUGCAUGUAUCUCUUCCAUUUUACUAAAAUUGCAUAGUGACCGGUGUUCCCAGCAUUUUGUUAGCAAUCAUUUUGUAUAAUUUUGGACCAUCUUUUCAGCUGUCUUCCAUAUAGAAAUAUGGGCAGAGGAAAGCUUCUUUCUCCUGCCAGGGCAAUCUAUUUACCACUUUUGUCACAUGGUGUUUUUUUUUUUUAAAAAAAAGCUGCUACUACUCCUAAAUUUUGUAUUAUCUCUUUUUCUAGCCAUUGUCAGUAUUUCUUUAUACACAUAGAUUAACCAAUAGCAAUAAAACCAAGGAAUAUUUUCAAAAGAAGCUGCUACAUAUAAAAGGAACAUUGCCCAGAAAAGAUAUUCUGUAAAUCAUUAGAAUGUGAUAGGAUUUUGGUGAAAUCAGAACUUGAUGUUUUGGACUAUAUUUCCCAGAAUGGCCAUGAUGAUCAAGGGAUUUUGAAGGUGGAAGCCCUAAAAAGGUACAUCUGAUUUAGUGUAAGUAACCAUCUUUGUUACUUAUAAUAUUUUAGUUUCAUCUGAAAAAUAUUCCAGCAUUUUAAGAGCACAAAGGCAUAUAGUGAUUUAGCAAGAGCUGGAUCUGUGCUUUUACUUUCCUGGAGGACUACAGAACAACCUGGUUUGUCUUUGGCUCCACAUAGUAGUAUAAUCUUGGGCUUCACACCUUUGUGAGACAAUGUAGCCUAGGCUACAUUCCUUACAUUAGUGUGUAAGGAAAAGUUGACUCCAGGGCCAGGUGGUAUAGGUGAGGUCCACUAUUCCUGGGCUGAAGCACCACAAGUUAGUGCAACAUAGUCUAAAACAAUUCAUUUUCAGCUUUUUCUUCAAACUGCUCCUCAAUCAAAAGCAGAACAAUAUGAGAUUUGUUUUUAAGAGAUUGAAUCUAUGAUCACAGGGCAUUUCAUACAGGGGUAUUUCAAAUGCUGGUCUGUUGGGCUCCCAGUUACCAGAUUAUAACAGACAUAGUGGGUGCUAGGUCCUCAAAGUUUCAUACUAAUAGAAAGCCCCAAACCAUGUGCCACUCAAUGAUUAUAGCACAGAAGAUGGUAAAUCAAAGUUCCAUUUUGUUCCUAUAAGAUUUAUAGACGUAAAGCAGUCUCUUAUCCCUCCCUCCCCCCAAAGUGGAUCACUCCUUAGUUCUGUUUGUGUUCACACUGCUGUCAUUGUGUCUUGCUUCAUUUUAUUUUUAUUUUUUUAAACUGUAUAGAGAUGAGCCAAAACUGAAUAUUUUCAUUCUGAUGGAAACAUGCUAAACUCUAGAAUGUCUCAAAUCCAUGUUUCAGGUUUAGUCUCAUCUCCUGGAGUAUUACAUUUUCCUAUCUAUAACAUUUUAAUCUACAGCUCUUGCAACAUUAAAAGCUCAAAUAUAUACAACUUUUUUCAACCAGCCACAACUGCUACAUAGCCAGAAUAUACCAGAAAAAGUCACACUACAGUGUUAUGUUCUGAAAUGCAUAUAAGACUGAUGUAUAUACAUUUUUUUGUCUUUACCUUUUUUUACUGCUGUGUUUAUUAAGUGAGGGACAGAAAGUAGUUCAGAGUUAUAUUUUUGUUGUUGCUGUGUAAUUCAGAGCACAUUGGGCCUUGCAAUAAAUGUGUUGCCUUGUCCACUCUUCCAAGAGCCAAUAGGUCCGUCGUAGAUGGAAGGACAAGAAACAGAAGUGCAAUUAAGCAAUAAGGUGGAAGUUGGCCAAUUCUGGCAUAUCAAAGCCCUCACCCACACCCACAUAAUUUCCCCAGCUCCAUGAAAUGGACAGGCUACUCAAUAAUGGUAUGUUUGAAAUCCAUUGAGCUCCAAACUAGUGGUUAAAGUAAGGGGGUUUUCUAAAUGGAUUAGAGAAUCAAGAUGGUUCCCUUUUAUUUGCAAACUUCCACGGAUGUCUAUAUGCAAAGAUAACCCUUUCUCAGAUGACAUUCACAAUUAGCAUUGGGUUAGAUCCAGAUUUUGCCAUUGCUGGAGUAGGCCCAUUAAAACCCAUAUAAUUUAUGUAUAUUGGUCCCAUUUACUCUAGUAGGUCUAUCCUAAGUAUGUCUAAAUUGAGGCCUGACUUUUUACCAUUGCUAUUUCUUUGUAUGAACUGAAAAUGAUGUUUUCAUUCUUGUUCAGGUGAUAAUUCUCUGAAAAUGGGCUAAGUCAUAUUUAGUUGUUCAUGUGUACAUAUAUUAACCAUGUACAUAUAGCAUAGAGGAAAUUUGCAUUUGCCUUGCCACUGGCUCAAUUUCAAAGGGAUAUAAAAUGGGUAUUUGAUUUAUUGGUUAUUCCCCAAAAGCUGGUGAUCCCAAAGUAUAGAUGGGAAUGGCAGCAGAUGUUAGAUUGCAUCUCCCAGCAGUCCUAGUUGUGAUGAGGAAUUCUGGGAGAUACAAGCCAACAUUAUUUGGAGGACUACAUGGUUAUCACUCCUAUUCUAAAGAAAAGACAUGAUAGUGGUUAAAUUGCCAUUCAGAGAGCAAAGUGGCUUUGACAGUGACUUCCUGUGGGUGGCAAAUAAUGCUCCAUCAUUUGGAAAUGUUCAGAAAACACAACAAAACCAGAAUUAAUUUUCCCCAUUAUUUGCUACUAAUUAUAGUUCAAAGAGCGGGAACUGUUUGUACUUUAAUCUCAUGAUUUGUCCCUAGUUGUUGCUAUUUAUUUUGCUUCCUGCAGAUUUUGUACAAAAAAAUUAAUACCCCAUGCAAUUAGCCUGGAUUACUGUCACAUGAAAUCCCUCUUUCCAAUUACUCUCUUCCUUCUCCCUUUUAAAAAUAUUUGAUUUUGCACAUUAAUUGCAUGCAGAUACAUUCCUGAACUAUUUUACCUUGCAAAUGUCGAUCUCAUUUACAUUUUGGUAGAGACACAGGAAGCUGUUUCUAAUCAUCUCCCAAGUUAAUAGAACUCGAGGUAUGAAGGUGAAAAGUAUUUGCAGAAGAAGGUUAGGCCUUCAUAUUUUCGAUGGCAGUUAGAUAGAGGCCACAUCGAUUUCAUUCUGCACAUUUGGCCUGAUGAGAUCACAUUCUUUUUCAGAGAAAUUAACCAGUGUGUUUUUGAAUUACUGUAAAGAUAUGGGCAUUACUUCACACAAAUAAAGUUUCAUGAUAAUAAUAAUAAUAAAGUGGGGAAUGGUAACAAUACAAAAAAAUAAACGCAAUCUGAAUGAAAUGCCACCUGUUGCUGUUAGAGAUACCAUGCUGACUUUAUAGGAAACAUCAUGGCAAAACAGGGGAAAACAGAAUAGACCUAUUGGCUGAAUGGUCCAGACACAUGUUAAAUAAUUAUAAUUGUCUAGUUAAAGUCCACAGUAAGAUCCUACCCACUGAGACUGUUUUGCACACUGGAAUAGGUUUUUGUGUGUAGUCUUUGUCUGCAGCUUGUGCAUUCAGCUGUAAAAUGGAUCCCAAUCUCUCCUGGCACAGUAGCAGGAUUCAAACUUCUCUUGCGCUCCUCGAGGUCCCCCACCUGAUCCAGUGCUGAAGGGGAUGAGUGCACUUCAGGCACUUGUCACAAGGUGGUACCAGGCAGAUAAAGGGGAGGUUUAUCAGAAAUAAGCCAAAUGAUUAUGUUAUGAUUAUUGCUUUCCAUCAGGUAGGUGUAACUCUAAAGCACUCAAAGAGGAGAUGUUUGCAGAGGACAAUUAAUCUGAUCCCUGAACUAUCAAUUUUUUGCCAGUUUGAGUCACAGUGUGUGUGAAAACUGUGCAUAUAUAAAAGCAGCCAGGAAGUGAUGUCCAUAUUCUCACCUAUAAAUCCCACCACCCUCUGCUUGAUGUGUACCAGCUCUGAGCGGCUCACAACAUUCCAGGCUUCCAAACUUUAUUUUGUAAAGUUUCUUGUUCAAGUCAACUUAGUUUUCAUGGCACAAUCAUCAUGCACCCAGUUUUCCUGAACUUGAGUUCAACAUAUUAGCUCCUAACCCAGGUCCUUGCUUCUUAACAGACCCAUAGAAAUUCUUUCCUGCUUGCAAUGCUCUCUGAAUGGGAAAACAGAACCCCAUGAUGUUUUUCUCCCAUCUGAAUACUUCCCUAAACCACCAUGGGGGCAAAAAUGUGUUUUGAACAAAGGUACCAAAGAUUUAGCAUUAUUCUAGUUUACAAAUGUAUGUUAAGACUCAUUAAACCUUGUUUAUAUCAGUGAAAUAUUUUAUUCUGUAAACUUUUCAAAUGUAUUUUUAAAGAAUGAUUUUUUUAAAGAAUUAAAAGAGCUUCUUUUUGAAA